GUUCGUGCGUCGGCGUGCGUGCUCCUGACGCAGCUUGCGCUCGCUUCUCGCGUGAGGACGGGAAGGAGGCGUCGUUCGUCGUCGCGGGUGCUGCCGCCGAAGCGCGCCUUCUGAGGAGAUUCUUCGGCCGGAGAAGGAGGAGCAGGAGGAGGAAGAGGGCGACGAGGAGAAGGAGCGCGGGGCCAGGGCCCUGCCUUCUCCGGCGCCUCCAGGCCCAGGAGCAGGCUUUGAGAACCUGAAACAGCUUCAAAAUGUUUAACAAAUCGUUUGGAACGCCUUUCGGAGGCAACACGGGGGGCUUUGGGGCGUCAACCUUUGGACAGAAUGCUGGCUUCGGCACCACGAGCGGAGGAGCAUUCGGGACGUCUGCGUUUGGAUCCAACAAUAACACCGGAGGGCUCUUUGGGAGCGCACAGACUAAACCCGGAGGGCUGUUUGGUUCAAGCACAUUUAGCCAGCCGGCCACCUCUUCCACCAGCACCGGCUUUGGCUUUGGGACGUCCACCGGAACCUCCACCGGCUUAUUUGGAACGGCGAGCACCGGAGGAGGCCUCUUCUCAUCCCAGAACAAUGCCUUUGCGCAAAACAAGCCAGUGGGCUUUGGCAACUUCGGGACGAGUACCAGCAGUGGAGGCCUGUUUGGAACCACAAACACAACCUCCAACCCCUUCGGAGGAACGUCUGGCUCUCUCUUUGGGUCGGCGAGCUUUACUGCUGUUCCGACUGGGACUACCAUUAAAUUCAACCCGCCGACUGGGACGGACACCAUGGUGAAGUCUGGAGUCAGCACCAACAUCAGCACCAAGCACCAGUGUAUUACUGCCAUGAAAGAAUACGAAAGCAAGUCAUUAGAGGAGCUUCGUCUGGAGGACUACCAAGCAAACAGGAAAGGCCCCACCAACCCUGUGGGAGCUGUAGCUGCGCCGGGGCUGUUUGGCUCAUCCCCUGCGACGUCCAGCGCAGCCACGGGGCUCUUUGGCUCCUCCACCACCAAUACAGGCUUUUCGUACGGGCCAAAUAAGACCGGCUUCGGGGCCAGUACGACCGGUUUUGGGGCUGGGACCACCAGCCUUUUUGGCCAGCCCCAGCAGCAGACCACCAGCCUUUUCAACAAGCCCUUUGGACAGAUUACGACCGCAAACACUGGCUUUUCCUUCGGCAACACCAGCACCCUGGGGCAGCCCAACACAAACACGAUGGGCCUGUUUGGUGCCACGCAGCCCUCGCAGACCCCAGGCCUCUUCGGAACGGCCACCAACACCAACACAGCCACUGCCUUUGGGCCGGCAACAGGGCUCUUCGGAACGGCCAGCACCGGAUUUGGCGUCGGCAGCUCGUCCCUGUUUAGCAACAAGCCUACUGGGUUUGGAACCACCACCACCAGUGCACCUUCCUUUGGAACCACAACUGGAAUUUUUGGUUUUGGUGCAAACACCACUGGGAAUAGCCUCUUUGGGAACAAGCCAGCUGCAGGUGCCCUGGGAACGGGUCUCGGAACGGGAUUUGGGACAGCCCUCAAUCCCGGCCAGACCUCCUUGUUUGGGGGCGCCCAGCCAAAACCCGGGGGCACGCUGGGGACCGGCACCUUUGGCGCGCCUGGAUUUAAUACUUCGACAGCUACCCUUGGCUUCGGAGCCCCACAGCCUGCCGUGGCUUUGACGGACCCAAACGCUUCAGCCGCUCAGCAAGCGAUUCUGCAGCAGCACCUCAACAGCUUGACUUACUCGCCCUUCGGGGACUCCCCGCUCUUCCGGAACCCCAUGUCAGACCCCAAGAAGAAAGAAGAGAGGCUGAAGCCCACCAACCCGGCGGCCCAGAAGGCGCUGACCACCCCGACCCACUACAAGCUGACCCCUCGCCCGGCCACCCGCGUGCGGCCAAAGGCCUUGCAGACCACUGGCUCCUCCAAGUCCCACCUCUUUGACGGCCUGGAUGACGACGAGCCUGCCCUCUCCAAUGGGGCCUUCAUGCCCAAGAAGAGCAUUAAGAAGCUGGUCCUGAAGAACCUCAACAGCAGCAGCCUCUUCUCUCCUGGCGAAAGCAACGACCUGGCCUCCCCCUCGGAGUUCCCACAGAACGGAGAACGAUUCAACUUCCUCUCCCGGUCGAUGGACGAGAGCAGCGAGAACCACCGUCCAGACGGGGAGCUGGAGGAAGGGGAAUCCUCCUCUCGCGACAUGACGCAGUUCUACGGCAACCCUGUGGUCAGGUUGCUCCCGCAGAGCCCCGAGGAGGCCGCUCACAAGCAUCACAAUCACAUUGCGGACGACACCAUCACGGUUCUGGGCAGGCGGCCGGCGCUGCGCAACGGGCUGGAAGGCAGCCUUGAGGAGACCUUCUGCCACGAAGACUCUCUGCAGGACGACCAGGAGGAGGGGGUGGACCGAGUGCGUGAGCUGCAUCCUGCUGGUGAGGCUUGGGUCCACCCAGGGCGCCACUCUCCUGCUCUCCCAGGAAAUGCAGCCAGGUGCCAGGCCUGCAGGCGGAAAGAGCAGGCCGCAGCGGCCGGGGGGAGCGGGCAGAGGACGGCGCCUGCAGGGAUUGUUUUGACGCGCGUGGGGUAUUACACCGUUCCGUCUAUGGAAGAACUGGCCAAAAGGACUGACGACCGAGGGGAGUGCAUCGUGUCGGACUUCACCAUUGGCCGCAAAGGUUACGGCUCAAUCUGCUUUGAGGGCGAAGUCAACCUCACCGACUUGAACCUGGAUGAGAUCGUUCACAUCCGCAGGAAGGAGGUCAUUGUCUACCCGGAUGACGAGCCAAAGCCUCCCGUCGGGGAAGGCCUGAACAGGCCGGCCGAAGUCACUCUGGACGGCGUUUGGCCCACGGACAAGACCUCGCGCUGCCUGAUCAAGAGCCCUGAGCGGCUGGCGGAGAUGAACUACGAAGGCCGGCUGGAGGCCGCCUCCCGGAAGCAGGGGGCCCAGUUCAAGGAGUACCGCCCCGAAACAGGCUCGUGGGUCUUUAAGGUGUCUCACUUCUCCAAAUACGGCUUGCGCGAUUCCGACGAGGAGGAAGAGGAAGGCCAGCCUUCCAAAGCAGAGGCCAAGAAGCUGAAGACGUCCCAAGUGACCCCCGCCGGCCAGCUGGCCUCCCAGCAGCAGCAGACGGCUCUGAAUGGGAAACCCGCAGUUCCCGCCAAGAGUUCAGACGCGGAGACGCUGGCAAAGAGCAUGGAGCUGGACAGUGACAUGGCAGACAUCACCCAGGAGGCCCCCCAGGCCUUUGCUGCAGCGGAGGAAGAGGAGGAACAAGGCCUGGCGGAGGAGAUGGAGCCGGUCCCAGCCUCGGCCCACAUCGCCUCCUCCCUGGACAUCAACCCCCACACCUUGCAGAUCAUGAAGGCCUCCUUGCUGGUGGACGAUGACGAUUUGGACUUGAUCCUGGACCACCGUCCGAGGAGACAGGCCGCACCGCAGGACACCUCCCUGGAGAUCUGCUCCCCCCGGACCCCCAUCUCCUCCUUGGUGCAAGGCCAGAAGAGCCGUCUGUCAGUCGGUGGGCUGCUGCAGUCGAGGUUAUCGGGAGUCUCCUCCCUCCUCCAGGACGCCCGCCCACAGAGGACCUCCUCCCUGGCGGGGCCGCCUCCCUCGCUGCCCUGGCCGGCCCUCUCGCCCUUGACCCCGAUCUUUGCGGCCCCCGGCCCGGCCCCCGAGGCGCCCCUGAAGACGGUCGGCACCCGCAGGCACCCGGCCCUGGUGCCCCUGGAGAAGUCCGUGGCCUGUGGGAAGGGUCGUCUGCUGAAGGACAUGGGCCUCUUCAUGGGACGCUCCUUCCGCGUCGGAUGGGGCCCCCGCUGGCUCCUGGCCCACGGCGGAGAGCGCCUGAGCACCUGUGGAGAAGCCAAGGACCUCCAGAACGAGUCCAUGGAGUACGGAUUCCUGCCCACACCAGUCACCCCAAAACAGAUCUCGGAGUCCCCCUUCAAGGUCCACAUAGAGAAGCUGAGCCUGGAAGGGGAGUCGGCCGAGGAGGACCUGUCCUUGUACCUGGCUCCCUUGGCCAUCAAGCUGGCACACAGCACGGUCCACCUGGAGGAGCCCUGCCCGCUCCUGACCCCCAACCCCGGCGUGGCCGCCAUCCAUGAGUACGCGGCCUGGACUGCGGAGGUCUGCGGAGACCCAGAGGAAAGCGAAGGGGUGGCCAAGGCCUGGGGCCUGGUGUGGAGCCUGUGCGAGGCGCUCUGGGGCCGCCUGAAGGAGCUGGAGGCCUGCCUGGGCAGCCCCUCGGAGUACGUCCAGGCCCUGGAGCGCAGGAAGGCCUUCUCCCGCUGGCUGUCGCGCACGGCGGCCGAGCGCAUCCGGCAGGAGGUGUCCCUCAGCCAGAACAGCAACCCCCCGGAAGCCGUCUUCAGCCUCCUCACCGGGAAGCAGAUCAAGGAAGCCUGCCGCCUGGCACAGAACUCCGGGGACCACCGUCUGGCCUUGCUCCUUUCCCAGCUGGUUGGGAGCCAGGAGGUGCGGGAGCUGCUCGCCCUGCAGUUGGCCGACUGGCACCAGCUCCAGGCGGACUGCUUCAUCCAGGAGGAGAGGCUGAACAUCUACGCCCUGCUAGCCGGGAAGCCGGUGUGGCGCUUGUCUGAGAGGAGAAGCCUCAACGUCUGUUCCCAGCUGGACUGGAAGCGGUGCCUGGGCGUCCACCUCUGGUACCUGCUGCCGUCCACGGCGCCCCUCUCCCAGGCCCUGACCCUCUACGAAGACGCCUUCCAGGACUCUCCAGAGAGCGAGAAGUACGCCUGCCCUCCGCUGCCUCCCUAUUUGGAAGGUUCCGGGUUCCUGGUGGAGGAAGGGGAUGCGCAUCAUGCGCUGCAAGACGUCUGCUUCCACCUCCUCAAACUCUACAGUGACAGGUGCUAUGACCUGCACCAGCUGCUGGACCCCCGGAGCAUCACGGCCGACCCCUUGGACCACCGCCUGAGCUGGCACCUCUGGGAGGCGCUGCGGGCCCUGAACUACACGCACCUCUCGGAGCAGUCCACGGGGAUCCUCAGCGCCAGCUAUGCCGCCCAGCUGGAGAGCCAGGGCCUCUGGGAGUGGGCCGUCUUCGUCCUGCUCCACAUCCCCAGCGCCCAGCAGCGCGAGAGGGCCGUGCGGGAAGUGCUGGGCCGCCACUGCCAGCUGGUGGAGACGCCGGACUUGUGGGAGAAGGAGGCCUUCCUGACGGAGAAGCUGUGCCUCCCGCCGGAGUGGAUCCACGAGGCCAAGGCCGUCCGCGCCCGGAGGGAGGGGGACACCCCGCUGGAGGCCCUGCACCUCUUCAAGGCCGGGCACUGGAGCCCCUGCCACCGGCUGGUGGUCAGGCACCUGGCCUCAGAUGCCGUCAUCAACGAGAAGUACACCUACCUGAAGGGAUUCCUAGAAGACCUGUCUGUGCCGGAACGCAGCGCCCUCAUCCAGGACUGGGACACGGCGGGGCUGGUCUUCCUGGACUACAUCCAGGUCAUCGAGAUGCUCAACCGGAUUCAGCAGAUGGACUGCUCCAGCUACGAACUGGAGGAGCUGCACACCAAGGUGAUCUCGCUCUGCAGCCGGAUAGAGCUGCUCCCCUGCCACAGCGCCAAGGACAGGUUGGCCCAGUCUGAAAUGGCCAAGCGCAACGCGGACAUCCUGAGGGCCAUCCUGAGCCUGCAGCACCCGGCGGGCCCCUCUUCCUCCUCCUCGUCCUCCGGGGCCCCCCACCUGCCCUUGCGCCUGCUGGCCCCCCACAUUGGCCGGCUGCCGAUGCCCGAGGACUACGCCUUGGAGGAGCUGCGGGGCCUCACCCGCUCCUACCUGAGGGAACUGACCCUGGGGGCCCAGUGAGACCCGCGCGGGCCGGACCGGCCUGACCAGAGCCCCUCCCUCUCUUAACAGUUGGCCCUGGUUUUCAGAGGGGAGAGGCACAAAUCCCCCCUUUUGCCCCCUCACAGCACAGACUCCCUCUCUGAAGACCCUGGAACUGCAACACUCUUUUUUCUGGCUUCUGACACCCGUCUUGUUUUGGGUGGCGGCGUGAAGACAUUUUGGGAGCCCGCGGAUGCCUUCUUCUCCCAGUUGCUGAAUCAAUAAAGGUUGAGCGAAGAAAGGAUGUGAGGCAGCAGGGCACCUUCAUGACGUCUGUUGAGUGCAAUGGGGAUGUCUGCCAACCAGGCCUCCCUCCCUUCCAGCGGUCAAGUCCGGCCUGCCUUUGCGACCUCAGGUCGAGGGCAAGGUGGCCUUCCAAAUGGCUUUACGUCUUCUGAUUGUUUUGCUUUCUCUUAGCAAGGACCUGAGGCAGCAGAGCACCUUUGUGACGUCUGUUGGGUGCAGUGGGGAUGUCUGUCUUGUGGAGCUUCUCUGUGAUUUGGGGAGAGGAAGGCUUUUUCCCAUCACAGAGCGUAUGCCAACCAGGCCUCCCUCCUUCCUAGCGGUCAAGUCUGGCCUGCUGGUCAAGUGCAAGGUGGCCUUCCAAAUGGCUUUAUGUCUUCUGAUUGUUUUGCUUUCUCUUGACAAGGACGCGAGGCAGCAGAGCACCUUUGUGACGUCUGUUGGGUGCAGUGGGGAUGUCUGUCUUGUGGAGCUUCUUCUUGGUGAUUUGGGGAGGAAGGCUUUUCCCCAUCAUGCCAACCAGGCCUCCCUCCCUCCCGGCGGUCAAGUCCGGCCUGCCUUUGUGACUGCAGGUCGAGGGCAAGGCGGACUUCCAAAUGGCUUUACGUCUUCUGAUUGUUUUGCUUUCUCUUGGCAAGGACGCGAGGCAGCAGAGCACCUUUGUGACGUCUGUUGUGUGCAGUAGGGAUUUCUGUGUGGGUUUGUGGAGCUUCUCGGUGAUUUGGGGAGAGGAAGGCUUUUCCCCAUCGUGGUCAAGUCCGGCCUCCCUCCCUCCCGGUGGUCAAGUCCGGCCUGGCCGGUCAAGUGCAGGACGGCCUUCCAAAUGGCUUUACGUCUUCUGAUUGUUUUGCUUUCUCUUGGCCUUUUUGCAAAGAAUGCCGAGACGCUCUCGCUCUUUCUUGCAAUCCUCUUUGCAAGCCCUAUAGCACGCAUGGGCCAAACUUCCGCUCUCCAGUUGUUUUGGACUUCAACUCCCACAAUUCCUAACAGCCGGUAGGCUGUUAGGAAUUGUGGGAGUUGAAGUCCAAAACACCUGGAGGGACAUGCCUUUCUGUGGGUCUAAAACUGGGGUGUUUUGCUCUGUCUGGUUUUGAGGAAGGGGUUUUCCAGGCUCCUGCAAGAGCGUUGUGUGUCAGUGUGUGUGUGUUUGUUGUGCGUGUGCAAGCGGAGCAGCCGGAAUCCACGUUUGCACAAGGGUCCGCCUGGAUCCCAGGCGGUGGAAGGGAUUGGGAGGAAGGUCCAGGGCUGGAGUGGACACUACUGCUGGUGUCCAUCCAGGUGGACAUUUGAGGCCCCCGUCCAGCCCGUCUGGACUGGAAAGUUGGGGUGGAUCUGUGGCAGGGAGGAGGGGCUCGUGGGGGGAGACGCAUGGACAUUAUGUAAAGGUUUUUAAUGAAACUAUAAAUAAAAAAUCCAGAUUAUUUUCUUGUCUGUUUCUCUGGAAAAGAAUUUCUAAGAAAAACAAAUAAAAAAAAGUUUAUAGCA